AGGCAAGGCAAGGCAGACACAGCGAGCCAGGGGAAACGUCGGAGCAGUAGUAGCAGCAGCAGCAGCAGCUUUUGGGCUCAGGAGGGGAUACAGCACUGAGCAUCUUCUCCCUCCAGCACCAUGGGUGGCUCCGGCUCCAGCCUCCUGGACGAGAGCAAGUGCACCUACAUCCGAGGAAAGACAGAAGCUGUAAUCAAGAAUUUCAGCCCACACUAUAAACGCCAGUAUGCUGUGUCCUUCUGCAAGCACAUCCAGAAUGAACUGGAACAAAACAGAGACCUCCAGUCCCAGUUCUUGAAAACAAAGCCUCCUGCAGAAUCUGACAUGGUCUUCUAUGAAGGGGAAUCAUUACACUUUGCUGAAGACCUGAAGAAAUGGAAGGACAGAUACAUAGUGAUUAAAAGCAACUAUACUGUGGAGAGCUUUGAAAAUAAAGAGGCAUUCCAGAAGGGGCUUAGUGCUAAAAGCUGCAUUCUACCUGUGGGAGGCAAAGUACUUACUACAGAGGAAGAAUAUAACUUAUUAUCUGAUAAGCAUUUCCCAGAUCCUAAUGGUUCCAAUGACAAGGAGAAUGCCCCAGCUUUUGUUGUUCUUCCAAAAGAUUUUCCAGUCUAUCUGUGGCAACCGUUCCUCAGACAUAGUUACUUCUGCUUUACGGAUGCGGAGGCUCAAAAGAAAUUGGGCACAGCACUAAAUGAUUGCAUCAGACACCUAAAUCAUGAUUUUUUCAAGCAGUCUUCAUUUGAAGCCCAAGCAUUUUUAGAAGCUGUCCAGUUUUUCCGCCAGGAAAAGGGUCACUAUGGGUCAUGGGAAAUGAUAACUGGGAAUGAAGUCCAGAUUCUCAGCAACCUUGUGAUGGAGGAGCUUUUGCCUAGCCUUCAGAGCAUGCUGCUUCCUAAGAUGAAAGGGAAGAAGAAUGACCGAAAGAGGGCAUGGUUCGGGAUAAUAGAAGAAACUUACCGUUUGGUUCAGGAUCAUGUUUCAGAGGGAUUACAUACUCUGAAAGACGAAUGCAAAGAAGUUACCAAAGGUCUCGAAGGAACCAUUCGUUCAAACAUGGAUCAGAUUGUAACCUCCAAAAACUUUUUAGCUGGGAAAAUAAAAGGGAGCAUAUCUGAGUCUAUCCAGAAGUGUUGUGGUGAAAGCAUCCAGCCUUUUCUUGCUUCCAUACUGGAGGAGCUCAUGGGCCCUGUGAGCUCAGGAUUCAGUGAGGUCCGUCUUCUCUUUGAAAAAGAAGUCAAUACAAUUAGCGAAACCUUUAAAGCAACAAAUGAUGUCACAAAGUUAAAAGAGAAUGUGAUAGAACUGAUGAGCCUGCCUCACCAUUCUGUAAAAAUGGAGCCUUGCUAUCUGAAAGUCAACCUUCUUCAAGAGCAACUCCAGGACCUCAAGAGCCGCUUCAAAUUCCAUGACAUUGAUUUGAUUAUUCAGAGGACCCAAAAUUUAAUGCAGGAGCUUCUGGAAAAUGCAGUGUAUACCUUUGAACAGCUGCUGGGUCUGGACCAUGUCAAAGACGUGCCCAAAUUGGCAGCAUCCAUUGAAAAAGUUAAACUUCGUGUCUUAAAGCAAUAUGACUACGACAGCAGUACUGUCCGGAAGAAGAUUUUUCAGGAUGCCCUGGUACAGAUCACCUUGCCCACCCUGCAGCGGACACUGGCUUCCACCUGUAAACCAGUGCUUCAAGAAUACGAGGAAUACAUCUUUGCUGAGCAUACCAGUGUGAUACAAGUUGAAAAUGUCUAUGAAGAAAUUUUGCUUCAGGCUUUGCUGGAUGAAACCCUACAAGUGAUAAAAGAGGCUGCACAUUUGAAGAAACAUAACCUCUUUGAAGAAACAGGCCUGCCUUUUGAAAGUGUUUCCAGUCUGAGUGAUCUAAAAACUCCUUCAGGAUCAACGCAAACCAGCCCAGUGAGGAAACCAACCUCAAGUGAGAGAGAGAUCUUGGAUGCCGAUAUUCAGAAUAAUGAAGUUUUCAUACCAGAAAAAAACACUCUAGAGGAAUGCCAUGAGACUAGCAAGCCAUUGGAUGAUGAAAAGGAAGUCUCUUCUAACAUAUCUAGCAUUGCUUCAGAAGCAAAGGAGAAAGUAAUCAUUCCAGAUCUCAGUGGCAAGCAGGAGUUGCCCAGUAUGAUACAAAAUGCUACAGAAGAACAGAGAGCCCCUCAACCUACAACUGUAGUAGAAGCAAACGUAGAUGGAAGCACAGGGAUAGAAAAUUCGGCAUCAGUGGAAGAGGAAAAACUCCCAGUUCCUGGUGCUGUGGAUGAAAUAAGGAACUUGCUAACAUUUCUGGUUGAAUUGCCAGUGGAUAUUCCAUCUAAGAACACAAAACAAGCUGUGCAUGAAAUUGAGACGUUGAAGCCACAGGAAUCUGUAGAAGAAACAGGCAAGGAGGACAGAAUGAAUGAUGGAGAAUGUCAAAAGCUUUCCAAAGUGUCUUUCUCUUUCCCUGCAGAAGGAAAUGAUACAAACAAAGCAAGUAUCUGUGAGGAAGAAAACUUUAUGAUACAUAAGGAUCCUUCUGAAGUGUCUGGAGAACUGAGUGAUUGCCAACCAAAGGCAGAGUUGGAGACAGUCAUGCAGUGUACUGAUGUGGAGAGCUGCAAUGCUGAUGGCCACUUCCAGCCAAAGCUACCUAUGGAAACAGGACAAUCUGGCCAGAAUGAAGGAGGCCUCUCCUCUGUGCAGGUUGUCUGCAUGGAUCAGGCACCACAAGUAGAAGAGUCUGCUGAAAGCGAAAUACUUAACCAAACUAAAGAAGUAUUUUCUUCACUUCAUUCUAUUCCAAUCGGUGAAGGCUGCCAAACAGAGCAACCUACUGAAGGCCACUUUCAGGAGGCAGAACUCUCUUCUCCUCCAUCUCAGUCUACGGAAGUUGAUGCACUAUCAUUAUCAGCUUAUCCCACUGAAACACAUGAGUCCAUCUUGAAUAUUGCAAAUCUAACAAUAGACCCAAUUGAUCAGACAACAGUUUCUCCAGAACUGAAAGAAAGUGAGAUUAGUAAUCUAGAAGCACUGGUAGUGAUAGACGACAAAAUCUUCACUGUCAUUCAAGGAGACGAUUGUAAACUGGCAGAUGUGUCCUUACCAAAUGAAGAUUAUGUGAAUAUGGCAGAAGGUGAAAGAGACGGAUGGGAAAUAUCCAAGGGAAGCAAUCUUGAGUUCCAGUCUGAGAAGUAAAAAAUAAGAUUAUCUGAGGAAUCUAAAACCUCAGCCCUGAGAUUAAUAUGACUUGAGUCACCUUAAAAAAUUGAGUGGAGGUAUUCAAAUGAAAACAUCUUUAUCUGAAAGCACUCGCAUUCCCAUUCUUCAGGUCUUCGAGAAUGCUGGCAAUCUGAAAAAAAAUCUUUCUUCUCUUUCUUCUGACAACAUAGAAGUUGGCCAUGAAAAGCUGAUUACUAUCUCCAGUGUGGUUCAUACUUAUAUGUUCUGCCAGUGAUAAACUUUUUUUUUGGUUGUGUCAGGAGCGACUUGAGAAACUGCAAGUCACUUCUGGUGUGAGAGAAUUGGUCGUCUGCAAGGACAUUGCCCAGGGGACACCUGGAUGUUUUGAUGUUUUACCACCCUUGUGGGAGGCUCCUCUCAUGUCCCCGCAUGAGAAGCUGGAGCUGAUAGAGGGAGCUCAUCUGUGCUCUCCCCGGAUUCGAACCUGUAACCUAUCAGUCUUCAGUCCUGCCAGAUCACCAGGGGAUCCUAGUGAUAAACUGAUACAACCUUUUAAACUUUUCAAAUUCCUUUUGAGAACUUUCAGUGUAACUAUUUGUAAUGAAUUAGUUUGUCACGUGGGUGAGGAUUUCAAGGAAGUGAGAAUAGAGUUUAGAAUGAAAAGCUAAAUCGGAUAGAGUUUAGGAGAAUCAGUCUUGUCUGAAACAUGCCGAUAAGAAACAGUUGAAAAUCUUCAGCAAUAGGGUGAAGUGAUUUGCUUAUUGAAGUCUUGCACAGUUUAAUACCGCUUAUAUAGCUGUGAACUUAAUGAGCUGGAUUAUUCUUUCUAUAUUUAAAAGCUUUCGGCAGAGAUUUGACCAUGGCGUCCUCUUUUAAUUGUUGCAAUAUUUAAAUGUCCAGAAUAGUUGAAGCAGGUUUCUCUGUCCCUCCUCCUCACCUUUUGCACCUUUUGCAGGGCACUUUAUAAAUUGUCCCCAAAGAGAAUGACAACCAUUCACAAUAAUUCGUAUCUAUUUAUUCCAAAGUGCCUUAAGCAAGACUGUGUCUGCGGAAGAACCACAAUCCGGUGGGGAAACUUCAGUGACGAAGGGGUCUGAGUAGAAUUGUGUAAUUGAGUCGCUCGAGGGCUGAGAAAAGCGGCAUACAAAUAUAGUAAAUAAAUAGUAAAUAAAUAAACUUUAGUACACAUUAUGCUAAUUAGGUGGAUUUUGCCAUUUCUUUGGGCCAUGAAAAUGAUAGCCAAAAUCAGGGUUUGCUUCUUAAUAGGUUACUACCUACACAUUUAUCUUGGAAUUUUAUAUGUAGUUCGGCUAUAAUGAGUUUUUAAAAAGGAUUCAGGAGAGGGCGUAAGACUAUCCCAGAGCAGAUUCUACUAUUCACCCCUUCUUUCCUGGAUGCCAAAGUCACAAAUAUUUUGGAGGAGAACUGGUAAGGAUUACAUCUAGUCCUUGCUUGAUGGAGCCAAUAUGGUGUUGCGCCUUGAGUGUUUUGGCCAAGAACCUCCGAGAGCAGGCAUCAAAUCUCUGCUCAGCCAUGGAAAGCCACUGGUAACAUUGGGCAAGUCACUCUCUCUUGGCGUCUGAGGCACGUCACGGCAAGUCCCUUCUUGUCAAGAAAACCUUUUCCUGUACUCCCUAUGUCAUCCAUGGUGUGGUGUAAGUGCCUCCUUUGGGGCUUUUAAAACAGUGGCUGGAUGGCCAUCUAUCGGGGGUGCUUUCAUUUAGCUUUUCCUGCAUGGAAAGGGUUGGACUGGAUGGCCCAUGUGGUCUCUUACAGCUCUAUAAAUCUAUAUAAAUAAAAAUGUAAUGUUCGUUUGUGGAAUUUACAGAACUCAAAAACCACUGGAUGAAUUGUCACCAAAUUUGGACACAAGACACCU